AUGGGCAAGGACGGCAAGCAGAAGGUGGCGGGCGGCUCCGGAGCGGCGGCGCAGGACGCGCACGACUUCCUCAUCAAGCCGCAGAGCAGCACGCCGCCGCUCGACACGUCGCAGUGGCCGCUGCUGCUGAAGAACUACGAUCAGCUCAAUGUGCGGACCGGGCACUAUACGCCGAUCCCGAACGGGAGCACUCCGCUCAAGCGCCCCCUCGCCGAGUACCUCAAGUAUGGCGUCAUCAACCUCGACAAGCCCGCCAACCCGUCGUCGCACGAGGUCGUGGCGUGGAUCCGCCGCAUCCUGCGGACAGAGAAGACUGGGCACUCGGGAACGCUGGACCCAAAGGUGACGGGGUGCCUGAUCGUCUGCCUCAACCGCGCCACCCGCCUCGUCAAGUCGCAGCAGGGCGCCGGCAAGGAGUACAUUGCCAUCGUGAGGCUGCACGACGCGAUUGACGGCGCGCGCGCGCUGACGGGUGCGCUGGAGCAGCUGACGGGGGCGCUGUUCCAGCGGCCGCCGCUCAUCUCCGCGGUGAAGCGGCAGCUGCGCGUGCGCACCGUCUACCAGAACACGCUCAUCGAGUACGACAAUGAGCGCCACCUCGGCAUCUUUCGCGUGUCUUGCGAGGCAGGCACGUACAUCCGGACGCUCUGCGUGCACCUAGGGCUGGUGCUGGGCGUGGGCGGGCACAUGCAGGAGCUGCGCCGCUCGCGCUCGGGCGCGCUGAGCGAGGCGAAGCACAUGGUGACGAUGCACGACCGGGCCCCGCCCCUCACACGCCGCGCCGCCCGCGGCCGCAGGCACGUCAUCAAGCCGCUCGAGCUGCUCCUCACGCGCCACAAGCGGCUCGUCCUCAAGGACUCCUCCGUCAACGCCGUCUGCUACGGCGCCAAGCUGAUGCUGCCGGGGCUGCUCCGCUUCGCCAACGACAUCGAGGUGAACGAGGAGGUGGUCCUGAUGACCACCAAGGGCGAGGCGGUCGCCGUCGGCAUCGCGCAGAUGACCACCUCGGACAUGGCGCACUGCGACCACGGGGUGGUUGCCAAGAUCAAGCGCGUCAUCAUGGACCGCGACACGUACCCGCGCCGCUGGGGCCUCGGCCCGAAGGCGCUGCAGAAGAAAGCGCUCAUCGCCGAGGGCAAGCUCGACAAGCACGGCAAGCCAAACGAGCUCACGCCGCCCGAGUGGCGUCCGGGGUAUGUGCCGCCGCGCGAGCCGGCGGCGGCGGCGGCGGCCGGCGGGGCGGACGGGGGGGAGGAGGCCAAGGUCAAGAAGGAGAAGAAGGACAAGGGCGAGAAGAAGAAGAAGAAGCGCGACGGCGACGGCGAGGAGGACGGCGAGAAGAAGAAGAAGAAGAAGAAGGACGCCGCCGCGUAA